AUGUCUGGCUUUGAGUGGCAAGACCAGCGUGGGAUCGAGGGGACGGGCUUCGUGCGAGCCUUGAGGAGCAGGCUCACUGCUCACUUGCCCGGCAUGCUACCCGACCUCAAGCGAAUGGUCGAGGCUGCCAUUAUGGAAGAACUGAACACACCAGAAACCGAUGGCAUGCGAGCUGUCACCAAGGUCAACUGUUUUGUCUUCUUCGGGGAGCAGCUCGCUCAAAAUCCCGAAUUCACCGCAGCCGCCCUGGAAUUCCCUCAGACUGUCAUCUUUGCUUCGGAGAUAUUGCGUAUCACACCUUCCUUCUUACGGCACUCUGUCGCCAGUUUGGUGACUGAAAGACACCGUGCCGUCAAGACACUCAUGCGGUAUCUCGAACCGGUGGUUAACCAGCGACUAGCCAUGAGGGCUGUGGGUUCCACGGAGAAUGUCCCAGUGGACUGCAUGCAAUGGCUUAUCGAGACCUCACCCCGGAAAACCCAGUGGACGACCGCGCGCAUGGUGGGUGAGAUUAUUGCAGUCUGGUUUGGGUCUGUGCAUCAGUUGGCCAUGACUGCGACAUACGCGAUCGAGGAUUUAUGCUUGCAUGAGGAGUACGUGCACCCGCUUCGGGAGGAAAUCAAUCGUAUCGCUCCUGAAGGCUUGUGCCCUGAGCUGGCCGCUAUGCCACUUCUGGAUAGCUUUUUGCGCGAAACCGUUCGUUGUACUAACUCCGACGCUAUCACCGUACGACGCAAAGCAUUGACACCGUUCACGUUCUCUGAUGGGGUACGAGUAGACCGGGGAGACUGGGUCUGUAUUCCACAACGAGCAAUGAUGCGCGAUCCGGCUCGCUAUUCGCACGCACAGCAAUUUGAUGGAUUCCGAUUCGCGAGAGCCAACAAGCUCUUGGCUCUAAAUGAGGGCUGUGCUGAUGUGCCAGAAGUAGCACCGUUGCAGCUGACAGAUGUAGAUGUGAAUUGGCCUAUAUGGGGUCUGGGAAACACAGCCUGGUGGUCCAGGCAGGUUUUACGCGACCACAGUGUUGAAGUUGAUGAUGGUGUGCAUUCUUCAGGGAUGGGAGUGCAGACUGGCGGACCCUCGGGCUCUUCGGUGGCGUACGUGGCGGUCCAGUGUUGUCCCCCGCACUGGGACGGUGGUGGUGUUUCAACGCCGGCAGAUGGGUCGCCCACCUUGGUCCGGAGGGCGUGACUAAAUACAGACCCUAGCGCGUCGAUCUAUGCACAAAUUCGGGCUGUAACCAAUUGUUUCAUGCUACGUAAAUUGCUUUCCACUUUUACUCACAUGUUUGACCAUACCCUGUACUUUCCAGUCUUAGCUGAUAUGGGAUCUCACCUGAAUAAUUGAUUGUUCCCGAC